UUACCACUCCACCACCGCCGCCCCGCCACCACCAUCUUUCCUGCUCCCUCAUUUUACCAAACUGCCACCAUCCUUCAUAUCACAUAUAUACAUACAUAUAUAUAUGUGUGUGUGUGUGUAUAUAUAUAUAUGUAUGUAUGUAUACACACAUCUCUCUCUCUCUCACAGUCUCACUCCCUCACCUGGCAAUUCAGUCAUAAACAACAACCGCAGUUAUCAAGCAAUGACAGGAGUAGUGAGGAGGAUCAAGUUGGGAUCACAAGGCCUGGAGGUUUCGGCUCAAGGCCUUGGCUGCAUGGGCAUGUCCGCCUUCUACGGUGCUCCGAAGCCCGACCAAGACAUGAUCAGCCUCAUCCACCACGCCAUCGACGCUGGUGUCACCUUCCUCGAUACCUCUGACGUCUACGGUCCCUUCACCAACGAAAUUCUUCUUGGCAAGGCUCUGAAAGGAGGGGUACGAGAGAAGGUGGAAUUGGCCACCAAGUUUGGUAUCAGAUUUGCGGAGGGGUACAAGAUGGAGGUGCGAGGUGACCCUGCUCAUGUGAGAACUUCUCUCGAGAGUAGCUUGAAGCGCUUGGGUGUCGAUUCUGUUGAUCUCUAUUAUCAGCAUCGCAUUGACACCUCCAUCCCCAUCGAAGUCACGGUUGGGGAACUGAAGAGACUAGUUGAAGAGGGUAAGAUAAAGUACAUUGGUCUGUCGGAGGCCUCAGCUUCAACGAUAAGAAGAGCCCACGCUGUUCAUCCUAUAUCAGCUGUUCAGUUGGAGUGGUCCUUGUGGUCAAGAGAUUCGGAGCAAGAAAUCAUUCCUACUUGUCGUGAACUCGGCAUUGGUAUUGUUGCAUACUGUCCUUUAGGAAGAGGAUUCUUCUCAUCAGGUGCUAAGUUCGUCGAAAAUCUUGCCCCCGAUGAUACUCGAAAGUAUCUAGCCAGGUUCCAACCCGAAAACGUGGAGCACAAUGAAGCACUAUUCGAGCGCGUUAGUGAACUUGCAACAAGGAAAGGAUGCACGCCAUCUCAGCUAGCGCUGGCAUGGGUUCAUCACCAAGGAAAUGAUGUGUGUCCCAUACCUGGAACCACCAAGAUCGCGAAUUUUGACGAGAACAUCGCAGCUCUGACUGUUAAACUGACACCGGAAGAAUUGGCCGAGAUUGAAUCUUAUGGUUUAGAAGAUGCCGUUAAAGGCGAUAGAAUGCCCUCCCAUAGUACAUGGAGGAACUCCGAAACUCCGCCGUUGCCUUCACUUUAAGCACUUCUGUAACGUAUGUUCCUUUUCGAGUUUGUUUGUUAUUUCUCUUUCCGUCUAAUUUAGGUGUGUGAGGAUCUUUGUCUCAUAGUGUUUUGUGGUGUUUCUUCUUUGUCAUCUUCUUUUUAUGUUGUCAUCUUCAUUAAGGUGCUAAGAGACAAUUGAGCUUACUUUUUCGAAAAUAUCUUGUGAUUUUGGUUUUUUCUAACACAUACGAUUAU